AUGGCUGUGGGCCCGCUGGGUGGCGCCGCCGGGAGCCUGCUGCAGUUUCUGAGGCUGGUGGGGCAACUCAAGAGACUACCAUGAACAGGCUGGGUGUACAGGAAUGUAGAGAAACCAGAGAGUAUAUCGGAUCAUAUGUACGGGAUGGCAGUCGUGGCUUUGGUAACUGAAGAUAAACAACUUAAUAAAGACAGAUGGGUACGACUAGCUCUGGUUCAUGAUAUGGCUGAAUGCAUUGUUGGAGAUAUAGCACCUGCAGAUAACAUCUCCAAAGAGGAGAAACAUCGGUGAGAGGAGGCAGCUCUGAAACAUUUGACCCAGCUGCUAUCAGGAGACCUGAGAAAAGAAAUCUAUGAACUCUGGGAAGAAUAUGAACAUCAGUCUACAGCAGAAGCCAGAUUUGUAAAAGAGCUGGAUCAGUGUGAGAUGAUACUCCAAGCGUCUGAGUAUGAAGAGUUGGAAAAAAUGCCUGGAAGACUGCAGGACUUUUAUGAUUCAACUUCAGGAAAAUUUAAUCACUCAGAAGUAGUCCAACUUGUGUCUUCCAUUAAGAUAGAAAGAAAUACAAAAAUAGCUGCUACAGCAAGUGAGCCACACUCUUGA